GCGCUGUUGAAAACUAAAAAAAACAAACGUCACAGAUACGGCGGUUUCACCAGUUUUUGUGCCAUUUUAAAUAAAUCCUACACGGUUUUUAAUAACCUCACGGUGUAUAUCUGUACACCAUGGAGACUAUUUUAGAACAACAACGUCGCUAUCACGAAGAGAAAGAGCGGCUUAUGGACGCUAAAACCAAAGAAAUGCUGCACAAGAAGUCCACGCUGCGGGAUCAAAUUAAUUCUGACCAUCGAAUAAGAGCCAUGUUGGAUAGAUAUAUGGAAGUGAGUGCAAAUCUCAGAGACUCCUAUGAAGACAAAGAUGGCAUGAGAAGAGACGAACUUGCUGCCAUCUCAGGACCAAAUGAGUUUGCAGAGUUCUACAACAGACUGAAGCAGAUAAAGGAGUUUCAUCGAAAGCACCCAAACGAGAUUUCUAUUCCCAUGUCUGCCGAGUUUGAAGAGUUGAUGAAGGCCAAGGACAACCCCAGCGAGGAGGCUCAGAACAUGGUGGAUUUUACUGAUGAGGAGGGAUAUGGACGCUACCUUGAUCUUCAUGACUGCUACCUGAAAUACAUCAACCUAAAGGGAGCUGAGAAACUGGACUACAUCACUUACCUGGCUUCAUUUGACCAACUCUUUGACAUCUCCAAGGACAGAAAGAAUGCUGAGUACAAAAAGUACCUGGAGAUGCUGCUGGAGUACCUGCAGGACUACACAGAUCGUGUCAAACCUCUGCUGGACCAGAAUGAUCUUUAUGGCAAAGUGUUAUCUGACUUUGAGAAGAAAUGGGACAAUGGGACCUUUCCAGGGUGGCCUAAAGAAACGAGCAGUGCUUUGACACAUGCUGGAGCUCAUCUGGACCUCUCAGCUUUUUCUUCUUGGGAGGAGUUGGCCUCUUUGGGUCUGGACAGAUUAAAGUCUGCUCUUAUGGCUUUAGGACUGAAGUGUGGAGGCACUCUGGAGGAGCGAGCUCAAAGACUGUUCAGCACUAAAGGUAAAUCCCUGGAAUCACUUGAUCCGUCUUUGUUUGCCAAGAAUCCCAAAGCCAAAGGUCCUAAAAAAGAUACAGAGCGGAACAAGGAAAUCGGCUUCCUGGAAGCUCAGGUGUACGAAUACGUGGAGAUUCUGGGGGAGCAAAGGCAGCUGACUCACGAGAAUGUGCAAAGGAAACAAGCGAGGACAGGUGAGGAGCGUGAGGAGGAGGAAGAGGAGCAGCUCAGUGAGAGCGAGAGCGAAGACGAAGACAAUGAAAUCAUCUACAACCCCAAGAAUCUGCCACUGGGCUGGGAUGGAAAGCCGAUCCCUUACUGGCUCUACAAACUCCAUGGUCUGAACAUCAACUACAACUGUGAGAUCUGUGGAAACUACACCUACAGAGGGCCCAAAGCCUUCCAGAGGCACUUUGCGGAGUGGAGACAUGCUCAUGGAAUGCGUUGUUUAGGAAUCCCCAACACCGCACAUUUUGCUAACGUCACGCAGAUCGAGGAUGCAGUCUCUUUGUGGGCAAAACUGAAAUCCCAGAAAGCGCUGGAGCGGUGGCAGCCUGACACAGAGGAGGAGUAUGAAGACUCCAUUGGAAACGUGGUGAACAAGAAGACUUACGAGGAUCUGAAGCGACAGGGUUUGUUGUAGGUGGAGAAUGUAACAGAACCUGAGCUCCCAUUCAAAUGGAUCAUUUUUAUUUACUUGUCUUUUUAUUUGUUAGUCGUAAUGAUGUUUACCAGACCCGCCCUUAACAAAUUUGUAAUAUGGCAAUUGUUGAUUAAUA